GGAGCUGAGUCGUGCUCAGCCAAAGCGUUCACAGUCAGAUCAGCUCCGCGCCUCCGCCUCUCGCCGCAAACACACGUGUGGACGAGAAGGAAACCAGAGCGAACAGAGCGCGCAACAAGGAGAGCAAUGCUGCGCUCCUGCGUCGGCCACGGCGCCAGGACCGCCGCCUCCCCGCGCACGGCCACGCCCACGCACCGCGGGAGGCGCCUGCACCUCCUCCGCCCGCGAAGCAGCACCAAGAAGUCUCCACCGGAAGCAGAGCGAGGCGGGGGCAACGCCAACAACGGCCUCGCCGGCGCGCUCAACGGCAAGGCCGUGCUCCUGCGCGCCGGCGCGGUUCUCUUCGCCCUCGGCUUCGUCGACGCCGGGUACAGCGGCGACUGGUCCCGCAUCGGCGCCAUCUCCAAGGACACCGAGGAGCUGCUCAAGCUCGGGGCCUACGCCGUCGUGCCUCUCUGCCUUGCCCUCGCACUCUCGGUGCCCGGAGACGGCGGCGGUGAAUCUUAGGAAGAGCGAGAGCUGCAUGCCAUGUCGUACUUUGCUUAUUCAUUUACGUGUCAGUAUUAUUCUGUAUUGCAUCCGAGUGAGCGGUACACGACGCUUUUGAGAUAAGUACCAGAGUGUUUAACCAUGGUUCUGUAUUCUGCUCACUGCUCAGUAUGUUGAGAGGUCAGCUGUAAACUGCUGAGUGCUGGCAGAGUUUUAGAGGAGCGGGGAGGAUUGGGAACUUCAGCAGUGUUUCUUGCUGCCUGUCUAGCGUCUAAUUUUGGCAAGUUGAACAGCAUAUUC